AUGUCCUCGGGUACCAUCUACAAUCAUCGGAGCCUCCAGCCUUCGGGACCACCGGCAUCUGGUCCCAGUCAGCCGCACGGGACUCACGGCCGGAUUAAUGAAUCCUUCGAUCUCAUAAAACAAGAGUUUGACAAUCUUGUAGCAGAUCUGAAUGUUAUGCGGCAGCAGAGGGACGAAUAUGAGACGAAGAUGUCGUCUCAAGUUAACGAGCUUAAUAUUAUUCGACAAUCUCUUUACGAACUGGAGACACAGCAUACGAAAAUUCGGUCCCAAUACGAAGAGGAACUGGGUCGUGUGCGCGCGGAGCUCCAUGCACUGCGGCAGAAUAUCCCUGUUACAGGAGGACUCCCACCUCAUCCAAUUGUCGGACCUAGUUCUGUCGGGGCAGCCGGAUCGUCUACCUCUGGUAUUCGGGAAAACCUUCUGAUAUCCGGUCCACUUGCUUCGUCAUAUGGCACCGACGCGUUUUACGGACGCGACCGCGAUCUUCGUGAUCGUGAGAGGAUGCUUGAACGUGAUCGGGAGCGAGACAGAGAGAGAGACAGGGACCGUGAAAACAGAGACCGAGAGCGCGACAGAGACCGGGAACGUCCUCUGGAUCAGCGAGAUCUCAAGCGUCCUAAGACGGAGCGUAUGAAAGACCAUUUCAGUCCUCAAAUGCCUCCAAUUCCGGGGCAGACUCCCAAGAGUUUGCCGGGAUUGGCCGCUAUAGGUCCAGGAGCGGGGCAAGGAGCGUCAUCCCCACCGUCACAAGCCAGUCUACAACCACCACCGUUUCCUACUACCUCGGGCCCAAGCUCAGGCGCCUUACCGCCCAUGUCUGACCAAGGACCCAGUUUCCUCGAUCUGGAUAUGCACAGCAUUCCACCAGAACUCAAAAAGGAGGGGAGUGAUUGGUUUGCAGUGUUCAAUCCGAAGAUCGAGAGAACAUUGGAUAUCAGCCUCGUCCAUACUUUGAUGCAUGCUACGGUGGUCUGUUGCGUCCAGUUCUCCGCGGACGGCAAGUACCUAGCAACUGGAUGCAAUCGGACAGCCCAAAUAUACGACGUGAAGACCGGACAGAAAACAUGUGUACUCGUUGACGAUGCCGCUGGAAAGACCGGUGACUUGUAUAUACGUAGUGUGCGGUUCAGCCCUGAUGGCAAGUACUUGGCCACGGGUGCUGAAGAUAAACAAAUACGGAUUUGGGAUAUCGCGAAGAAACGAAUCCGGAAUGUAUUUGAUGGGCACCAACAGGAAAUCUAUUCUCUGGACUUCUCGCACGACGGCCGCCUUAUAGUCUCCGGGUCGGGUGACAAAACAGCACGGAUAUGGGACAUGAACGGAGGAACUUCAAAGGUUUUGACAAUAACCGAUACUGAUACUUUAAACAACGAUGCCGGCGUUACUUCCGUCGCUAUCUCGCCAAACGGACAGCUGGUAGCCGCCGGAAGCUUGGAUACUGUGGUUAGGAUAUGGGACGUCGCUACCGGAAACCUCGUGGAGAGGACUCCGUGGUCCACCGUGACAGCGUUUAUAGUGUUGUAUUUACCCCGGACGGAAAGGGCAUUUGGGCUGGCGAAGGGGAAGCAGGAGGGCGAUAAGCCUAGCCCUUGCACCAUGAAUUUCAAUGGGCACAAGGACUACGUUCUCUCCGUUGCUGUUUCUCACGAUGGUCAGUGGGUUGUAUCGGGGUCGAAAGAUCGUGGGGUGCAAUUCUGGGACUCCCGCACUGCCAUAAUGCAUUGUAUGCUACAAGGGCAUAAAAACUCAGUGAUAUCAAUAGACUUAAAUCCUACAGGUAACUUACUAGCAACGGGUAGUGGGGAUAAUCUAGCGCGGAUAUGGAGUUACAACACAAAUUAUAACAGUAUUUAA